CAUCUAGACAAAAAAGCAAGAUGAAUAUAAGAGAGGCAACAAUCGACGACCAAUUGGGUAUGCAAAAUUGCAACUUGCACAACCUACCUGAAAAUUACACAAUGAGAUAUUACUUCUACCACGCUUUAACUUGGCCACAAUUGUCCUAUGUUGCUGAAGACGAUAAAGGAAGAGUGGUUGGGUAUAUCCUAGCAAAAAUGGAGGAAGAACCGGCAGACGGUAUUCCGCAUGGACAUGUGACAAGUAUCAGUGUUAUGCGAUCACAUCGUCGUUUAGGAUUGGCUAAAAAGUUAAUGGAACAAUCUCAGACGGCUAUGCGUGAUGUUUAUGGCGGCAAAUUUGUUUCAUUGCACGUUCGAUGCACCAACAGAACUGCUAUCAACCUUUACAGGGAUACACUCGGAUUCACUGUUCACGAGACAGAGAAGGGAUAUUAUGCUGACGGAGAAGAUGCACUUGGGAUGCGUUUGAACCUCUAAAAUGUGUAUGGUAUACAUACCACUUUUUGUACUUUUAGUAAAAUAGAUAAAUGACAAACACUAUUUAG